GCCAUUAGGCAUUUAAACGUAUUGGAAUAAGCGCAACCAACUUUGCCAUGAAGCAUUCCCCGUCCUUUCUCUUCGCUUCAAUCACUUUAGCGGCAUUUUUCCAAGCUGGAAAUGUGGCAGGUGCGACCUGGAUGCUGCCUUUUCUUACCAAGGGCUUGGUUGGUUACGGCGGUUUCCGAGCUACCGGAGACAUUAAAAUAGGACCUGACCCAAAUUUUCAAUGUCCGGAAGGAACUUCCGUCGCUCCUCAUCCGGAAAAGUGUGGACUCUAUUACACCUGCUAUUUCGCAUCUCCCGUGACUCUCUGGCGAUGCUAUUCAAAUUACCUAUUCGACGUGACUUACAGUAGCUGCAAUUAUCCGGAAUCGACAGACUGCGGAAACAGACAACGCUCCGGUCCAACUAUAACGACGACAAGGACGAAGACUGCAACUGAAUCACCUCCAUCAACGUCUCCAGUGUUUAAUUGCCCUAGUGAAGGAGGAUUUUUCCCUGUUAGUCCGGAAGAAUGUUAUCAGCACUACUACACUUGUGCUGGAGGAGUUGCUUACGUUAUGCUUUGCCCUACUGAUGGUUUAUUCGAUCCUGUCACACUGACAUGCAAACCAGCAAAUGAGGUCUCCUGCAAGGAUCCGGCGUUUACGUGCACAGCGGACGGAUUCUACCCAAUCGAAGGGGAAUGUACAGGUGUGUACUUCGUGUGUGCCUCCGGUGUCGCUUACGAAUCGGUGUGUCCUAACAAUGGAAUCUUCGAUCCGGAUCGUGGCAUCUGCGCAUCCCCCGAUACGGUCCCUUGUGCCCAAGGACCCACAACUCGCACUUCGACAACAACGUCUUCAACAACAACACCUACGACGACAACUACUUCAACAACAACACCUUCGACAACUACGUCUUCAACAACAACACCUUCAACGACAACUACUUCAACAACACCUUCUACAACAUCUUCAACAACCACCUCUACAACGACAACUCCAACAACUACGACAACUCCAACAACCACGACAACUCCAACGACUACUUCAACAACAACGACACCCACAACGACGACUGAAUCCGGUGAAUUUAAUUGCCCUGUUAAAGACGGCAAAUACCCAGAUCCGACCAAUUGUCACGCGUAUUACGUUUGUAUUUCCGGUGUAGCAUUCCCUUCGAAUUGUCCUGAAAACGGAUGCUUCGAUGCUCCGUCACAGAAGUGCUCAACAGACUGUUCAAACUGCAUCGAUUUCUUUUCCGGUUUUUUCUAAUGAAAACGAACGAACGUCGUCCAGCCCACCGUUUCAAAUUGUUUGAAUUGUUUGCGCAUAAAACAAAUUAGACCGCAAGGCAGAUAUUGCCAAAAUAAAUA